GUAUGGCUUGCUCAGUAUUGUGAGGAAAAAUUGAAAUUCCCCAUCAUCGAAAAAGAAAUCUGCGAUGCUAAAUUUGAGUACACAAAUCGGCUUGUAUUACUAGAAGACCAAGAGACGCAGCUGCGGCCUCGUUUACAGACAAUUUGUCAUGCUGUUUAAGUAUUCCCGCUUCCAGUUGCUUCCUGUCAACAUGCUGAAGAAGCAAGACUUACUCUCGGCAGCCAGCGCUACAGCGUCUAACAUGACAACGUGAUCACAGAUCAUAGUCAUACUACUACUAGACAAAUCUCCGUUUCUUGCGUAUGGGGAGGAGGGAUUUUUCAUUUUGAUACUCAGAUGGAACAAUCAAUCGGAAUGGGAAUGGGGACAAGAAUUCAAAGCCCAGGCCCACUCCUGUCUUACAUAGACGGGUAAAAAAAGACCAAGACGUGUCAGGGUGGAAGACUUGUUGUGAUGCAACACUCGUCCCUGACGAGAGCUACUAG